AUGGCUCCGUUAAUUCUACACAAUGUUCCCGACGAAGAGCUCUAUGUCGGCGACGACGGCAUUCAAAGACCCUACGCCAUGGUCUUUUCGCAAGACGGGUCUCUCCGGUCAAGGAAGAUGACCCACGAAACCGGCUCCUUUGGCAAGUCGACGCGGCGAACGAGGUCGAAGACCGCCACGCCGGCGCGGAAAGAAGACCCCACGAUAGCAGCAGCGGACAAAGUGUUUAGCAGCUGGCUUGCGACUCAAAACCAGAAUGCGCCGCAAGCCCAAAACACGCCGGCGACAGCCCAACGAAGACCAAGCGUCGCCGCGUCCGUAUCGUCCCAAAGCGCUGCCCAGCUGCGUGACGACGCAGCGACGCCUUCGCAGAACCGAUUCCAGAAGCAACUUGUCCCCACCGAGGUAAUACUGCGCGGAUACCGCUCGUCGCAGCAACAGUACGCCGCGAUCAACCACUAUGAACAACUCGCCGGCAGGAUUUGCGAAGAUUACCCGCGCGAACCACCAGUCGAGAGCCGGCGCUACAAGUCGGAGCUGCGCGAUCCGGCCUUCACUCGCCGGCGCGCUCUCACUCCCGAGGAGCGCGCCAAGGUCAACAAAGCAGACGGCGGCGAGCAUUGGGUGAAAGUGACGUUCGAGUCGCAUGAAGCGGCAGAUGCGGCCAUCUUCGCCUCCCCGCAGAAGAUACUCGGCCACCUCGUCUACGCCGAGCCGUACCAAGGGAUCCCGCCAUCCCGCGACGAAGCCAUUCCCGACCAAUCCUACCUAGGCAGCGGGCUGCGCGAGACGCCCCUGCGCCGGCGGCACUCGAGGACGCAGUCCGGGUUCGGUGCGCAGCAACCCGGGGGCUUCAACUGGUCUCCACCGCACUCGCAGGCCUCGUCUUCGGCAACCGCCGAUACCAUGACCGUGAACAGCAGCACCAUCUCUUCCAGCACAGUCAUAGGGCAAGCAGCUACUGGGGGGAGCGGCGCCGGCGUUGUACCCGCACCGCAGGAGAAGCACGACGACGAAUUCUGCAGGGUCAUACCCACCGUGCGGAAGGCGAAGCUGCUCCCCGUGGAGCAGGCGCUGCUUCCCGCGCCGUCCUUCACCCAGCGCAUCGCGAACCACAUUCCGUUCCUCCGGUGGUUCAACGGCGCCAUGAUCGGGAGCGAGGUGCCGCGCACGGAGAUGGGCGAGUUUGAUUGGAACAGGGCCAGCCUGUACUGGAAGCUCAUGUGGUGGCUGGACUUCUUGCUCGGUCUGUUUGGAGGAGAGAUCAGGGAUGCCGAUAAGGACGACUGAGGGAGAGAGCGAGACCGACUGGGUCGGGUCAUUCCGAUGUUCUGUACGUAGUAAUGACGCUGCUUUUUCUUCAUGACUGCGGCACACAGCCGGACGGGUAACCAAAGAGAAUGACGGCGGGCGCGUCAGCAUCUUUAGGCGUACGUACUAGGUUUUGAGGAGACAGGCCGUUCAAUGAUACGCCCAACACCGUUUCUAUUCACAGGAACGGUGUCUCCCACAACAAUGCGUCUAGUCUAUUACAGAGAGCAAGAGCGAGAGCGGAUGUCCGGCCGUAUGUCUAGCGUUUCCCAACCUCACUGCCAUCCUCAGCACGGUCAUGUAUCGAUACCUGAAGCUCUCCAGCCCUCUUCCUGAUGUUGAAGGUCCACGCCGCUCCCGCCAGCCUUGCCUUGAUCUUCAUUGUCAGACGCUGUUUCACGCCGCAAGCCCUCGUCACGCCAUGGGUCUGCCUCCUCGUCGCCUUGGCCGUCCCGAGGGUCGUCUUCAACAGCACAUCCGUCGUCGCGCUCUCCCGUACUGUCAUCACCUUUUCUGGUGCCUUCUUCCCCUGGACCUGACGAGGAUUCGCCAGUCCCAUUCUCGAGACUGCCGAGCAGUUCCUCUGGAUUCAGCCUCAGCGGCUGCGGCUGUGGUGAAAAGGGCCGCACAUUCCUCGACCGGCUCGGCUCGGAAAAGACGCUAUCCGUGUCCCGGUCUCGAUCCCUCGCCGUGUCCGACGACAUCGCACCAGCCAGGCUCUGGUAUCGGUCCGUGUCCAUCAGCAAACUGUCGGAGCGAGUGUCUUUCCCUCCCCGCAGCGUGUCGGUGCCGGCCGUGUCGGCCAAGAUGCUCUUCGGCGGCAGAAUGCUGAACAAUGUCGCACCCUCACCGGGCACGACCCCAUCCACACCACCGGACUUUCCCGCGGCAGCCAGAGGAUCCAUCUCCGCCGCGAACAAAUCCACGCCUUUCUCGAGCACGUCCUCCAGCCCGCCGCCGGUCCAUCCCUUCCUCGCCAGGCUCUCAAAGAUGUCCACCUCGGCCCUGGUGAGACUGCAGCUGGCCUCGACGAUCUUGGCGCUCGCCUCCUGGCUCUCGCGCAGCAGCGUCCGCGCGUGCUCGGCGUGCAGCACCGUCAAGCCGUCCAGCUUGGCCGUCAGCUCCACCAGGUGUCCCCUAAACCGCGCGACGUCCCGCCUGCGCUGGCGGUGCAGCUUGAGGCCUUCCUUCUCGAGCCGGCGAAUCUCGCGGCCCUGCGCGGCCACGUCGCGCGCGUAGCGCUCCUCCUCGUCCUCGACCGCGGCGCGCCACUUGUCCAGCUCGUGCAGCAGCGGCACCUCGAAGGCGCGGUAGACCGUCUCGGAGAGGAUGUGCUGGUGGUUGGCGACGAGGUGCUGCAGGCCGGCGACGGUGAGCAGGGUGUCGGCGGUGCAGGCGGCGGCCUUGGACGUGAAGCUGUUGGUGAGUGGUGCGCCGGAGGGCGGGCCGAGGGCGUCGGCGCGCGCUUCUUUGAGGCGGGCGCAGGACUCGAGCGCGGCGCCGAAGGCGGAGGCAGCAGUGGAGAGGGAUGCGAGCGCCAGGCGGUAGGCUUUGGCGCUGGCGAGGAGCUCGGCGUAGGCGGCUUGCGAGUGCUCCAGGUCGGUCUUGGUGAGGACGGCGUGGGCCGGGCGCGGGGGCGGAGGUAGCGGGAGGUUGU